AUGGCACCGUCGGCUAUCAUUGAGUCCAUUGUGGACACAGCUGAACCCAGGAAGGAUAACAUCGAGCUCCCGGAGCCGGCUCGUCAACGGCUUACAAGGGCCGGGAUCGACCUAUCCAACGGUUAUCCAUACCGGCCGGCUCUGCCUCUGUACUUGCAGGACGUGUACAAGAUCAGAAAUGAGGAGCGUCCGUACGAGGACGCAGGAGCGAGAGCCGACAAGUCUAAGAAGCACUUGUUCGCGGCCGCGACCAAGGUCACGGACUUGACCACCCACAUUGGGACGGAAAUCGAGGGCGUGCAGCUUAAGGACCUCACCCCCGAGCAACGAGACGAGUUAGCACUGCUGAUUGCCGAGAGGAGUGUCGUCUUCCUCCGGAACCAGGACCUCACCCCCCAGCAACAGAAAGAGCUCGGCGAGUAUUAUGGGCAGGUCGAGGUGCAUCCUCAAACGCCCCAGGUCCCCGGAGUCCCCGGUGUGACCGUGAUCUGGCCAGCCCUCUUCGCGCAGGAGAGGCCGGCCAACUUCCGCAACCCAGGCGGCGCAUCGUCGUGGCAUACCGAUCUGGUACACGAACGACAGCCCGCCGGAAUCACCCACCUCCACAAUGACACGGUACCGCCUGUCGGCGGCGACACGCUGUGGGCGUCGGGGUAUGCCGCUUACGAGAAGCUCUCGCCCGAAUUCCGCAAGUUCAUCGAUGGGAAGAAGGCCGUCUACCGCUCCGCCCACCAGUACCUGGAUCGCGAGAACCCGACGGCUGGGCCAAAAUAUAUUGAGCGCAUUCACCCGCUCGUCCGUGUCCACCCGGCAACCGGUUGGAAGGCCCUCUGGGUCAACCGGUCCAUGACGGUCCGGAUCGUCGGGCUGGACAAAGCCGAGAGCGACCUGAUCCUGAACUACCUAUACGACGUCUAUGAGAAGAACGUCGACAUACAAGUGCGAUUCAAGUGGACCCCCGGGACGAGCGCACUGUGGGAUAACAGCUGGGAUUAUGGUGGAAAACAUCCUCGCCAUGGCACUCGUGUAACCUCUCUUGCCGAGGUCCCAUAUUUUGAUCCCAACGCCCCGACACGUCGUGAAGCUUUGGGCUUGCUAGAUGAAAGUGAGAAGGAGGCCCUGGAAUCGAGUAAGUACUAG